AAGUGCAAGUUACCCGCAGAGCACAGAGGAUCAGAGCCCUUCCACGGUCCUCUCCGUGGGAGCCCGAGUCCCUGUCUCCCAGAUCUUACGUACUCAAGAAGCUGAUCUGUAAAUCAAGUAAACCCUGUGAAGAGACUGCACCCAGCCCCAGUGGUAUUACAAGAAGAGUCAAGCAAGGACUUUGGUCCUCAAUUCUACUGGCCAGCCAAGCCUAAAUGUGAUGGCUGUGCCGCCCAGGCCUCUACAGCUGCUGGGAAUACUGUUCAUCGUUUCCCUGAACUCUGUAAGACUCACUCAGGCCGGUGCCUACUAUGGAAUCAAGCCUCUGCCACCUCAAAUUCCUCCUCAGAUACCACCACAAAUUCCACAGUACCAGCCCUUGGGCCAGCAAGUACCUCACAUACCUUUGGGUAAAGAUGGCCUUUCCAUGGGCAAGGAGAUGCCCCACAUGCAGUAUGGCAAAGAGUAUCCACACCUACCCCAAUAUAUGAAGGAGAUCCCACCUGUGCCAAGAAUGGGCAAGGAAGUGGUGCCCAAAAAAGGAAAAGGAGAAAUACCAUUAGCCAGUUUGCGCGGAGAACAAGGUCCCCGUGGAGAACCUGGACCAAGAGGACCACCUGGUCCGCCAGGUUUGCCAGGACAUGGAAUGCCUGGAAUCAAAGGAAAACCAGGGCCCCAGGGAUAUCCAGGAAUUGGAAAGCCCGGUAUGCCUGGAAUGCCUGGGAAGCCAGGAGCCAUGGGAAUGCCAGGAGCAAAAGGCGAAAUUGGACCUAAAGGGGAAAUCGGACCUAUGGGAAUCCCAGGGCCACAAGGGCCUCCAGGACCUCAUGGACUUCCUGGUAUCGGGAAACCGGGUGGGCCAGGGUUACCAGGGCAACCAGGAGCAAAAGGUGAGAGGGGGCCCAAAGGACCACCAGGACCUCCUGGCCUUCAGGGUCCCAAAGGAGAGAAGGGCUUCGGGAUGCCUGGCUUGCCAGGUCUGAAGGGUCCUCCAGGUAUGCAUGGCCCUCCAGGACCCGUUGGACUACCAGGAGUAGGAAAACCAGGAGUGACGGGCUUUCCUGGACCACAGGGUCCCCUGGGGAAGCCAGGGCCUCCAGGGGAACCUGGACCACAAGGCCUUAUUGGUGUGCCAGGAGUUCAAGGACCUCCUGGGAUGCCUGGAGUUGGAAAGCCAGGUCAGGAUGGGAUCCCAGGCCAACCAGGAUUUCCGGGUGGUAAAGGGGAACAAGGAUUGCCGGGGUUGCCUGGACCCCCAGGCCUCCCAGGGGUCGGAAAGCCAGGUUUCCCAGGACCCAAAGGGGACCGGGGUAUUGGGGGUGUUCCUGGGGGUCUUGGGCCGAGAGGGGAAAAAGGACCCAUAGGUGCUCCUGGAAUGGGAGGUCCACCUGGAGAGCCAGGCUUACCUGGAAUCCCGGGUCCCAUGGGCCCUCCAGGUGCUAUUGGUUUCCCUGGACCCAAAGGAGAAGGUGGAGUUGUAGGACCACAGGGUCCACCAGGUCCCAAGGGAGAACCUGGCCUCCAAGGCUUCCCUGGGAAGCCAGGUUUUCUUGGUGAAGUAGGUCCCCCUGGAAUGAAGGGUUUGCCCGGUCCUAUAGGACCCAAGGGAGAAGCUGGUCACAAAGGGUUGCCAGGGCUUCCCGGUGUUCCAGGAUUGCUUGGACCCAAAGGAGAGCCUGGAAUACCUGGGGAUCAGGGUCUACAGGGUCCCCCAGGGAUUCCAGGGAUUGUGGGGCCUAGUGGCCCUAUUGGACCCCCUGGGAUUCCGGGCCCCAAAGGAGAACCAGGCCUCCCAGGGCCCCCUGGGUUCCCUGGUGUAGGGAAGCCAGGAGUAGCAGGACUUCACGGGGCCCCGGGGAAACCUGGUGCCCUUGGACCUCAAGGCCAGCCUGGCCUUCCUGGGCCCCCAGGUCCUCCAGGGCCCCCAGGCCCUCCAGCUGUGAUGCCUACACCAUCACCCCAGGGAGAGUAUCUGCCAGAUAUGGGACUGGGAAUUGAUGGGGUGAAACCUCCACAUGCCUAUGCGGGCAAAAAGGGCAAGCAUGGAGGGCCAGCCUAUGAGAUGCCCGCGUUUACUGCUGAGCUGACUGUGCCUUUCCCACCGGUGGGGGCCCCAGUGAAGUUUGACAAGCUGCUCUACAACGGCAGACAGAACUACAAUCCGCAGACGGGCAUCUUCACCUGUGAAGUCCCGGGUGUCUACUACUUUGCUUACCAUGUUCACUGCAAGGGAGGCAACGUAUGGGUUGCUCUCUUCAAGAACAACGAGCCCAUGAUGUACACAUACGACGAGUACAAGAAGGGCUUUCUGGACCAAGCAUCUGGAAGCGCAGUACUGCUGCUCCGUCCUGGAGACAGGGUGUUCCUCCAAAUGCCUUCAGAACAGGCUGCUGGACUCUAUGCCGGGCAAUAUGUCCACUCCUCCUUUUCAGGAUAUUUAUUGUAUCCCAUGUAAAAAAACAAGAGAAAAAAACAAGAGAUUUAAUAGAAGAAAAGAAAAUGACACAAAAAAAAUUCAACUGAAAACAAUGCUUCAAAACAUUUAUAAUAGUUGGAAAGUUAUAUUUAAGUGAAAGUUUGGACCAUCAUGUACAAAUAAAAACUAAACCGCAUGUUUAGUCCUGUGCACAGCAGAUUGUAAUGGGAUGAUGGGACCGAUUUAUGGAUCAAGUACUGACACGUGUGUUGUACCCAACGGACUCAUAUUAGCUGUUCCAUGUUAUAUGAUUUCAUAACCUGCUUAUUCAAAUCAGUCAAAAUAUCUCAGUCUGGAACAUCAUCACUAAUGAACGUUGUUCAUUCUUUGUGCUCCCUUGUAAAGGUAUUUUUGAAUAUGCCUUAAGAGGCUGGUGGUGACAGUUACAUACUGUAUUUAUUUGCGUACUUUCCUCUCUAUUCAUGCAGGUGUUUUGCUGUGGGAUGUUGGAGGGUUCUUCUAUAGCGCAGGGUCCAUGGUAAUCUCUAGUCCAAAGGAUAUUUCUCCGUGUUAGAGGCAAUGCUUUGAGCCACAGAACUACCUAGUCAGAAUUGUGUGUGGAUGUGUGUGGUGUCCCCCCAAAGAAAAGGUAUACCAAUGGCCCAUUGUGUAUCCGCUCAGCAGUCUAUUUGCCUAGCAACUGGGUGAGAUGCUAGUGUGGAAUGCAGGGCAAAGCCCACAGGAGUUCAUAAUUUAGCUCAGAGACAUUAAAAUAUCAACCCAUCUAAAGGGUUUCAGUUUGGAAUUUUUCUGUAACUAUUUUUUUUUCCUUCUUCAUCCUUCCACAUAAUAUAUAACAUAGCCUAAGCAAUAUAAACAAUUUUUUUUACAAAGCCUUCCCUCAAAUAACUUUGCCAUUUCAUGAACAUUUACUAUUGAUAGCAAUUGCCAGUUGUGUGAAAUAAAACAAAAACCCUCAUGUGCCCACACAGCCAAGUGCAGUGAGGUUUCACCUUGUCUGUACCUGUCUCAGUAGCUGUCAUUUUUUCCCAAUAACUAUGAAUUUUAAAAAUAUGACUUAUGCCCUGAGGUUCCAAAGUCAAUUGCCAAAAUCCAAACCAUUCUUUUUCUUUUAAUCUGGAGGGAAAAAUCAGAAUUACAUCGGAAAAAGUAUAUUUUAAAAGAGUAAUUAUAAGGUAUUUAAAAGCAGGCAUGUUGCUUCGAGCAAUAAGGACUACAGUUGUAGGAAAAUAACUGUUUCUUUGACACCAGCCUGUGGAAGAGAUAGUUGGAAUGUCAUAAAGCAAUGGCACCUCAGGCCUAUGAUGUCACUGCACGCUCAGCACCACAGCCAAAACAUGUUGGAAAAGAGAAAUUGUUUUUUUUUUUUUUCAGAUUCUAGUUCAGGCACAUAGUAGGUUCUCUGGGUGACCCUCAAAAUACAAUCAGUUGAACAUUUUCUGUUUAUCUGCCUUUGGUUGCUUAGGGGAAUAAUGUGGAAUGAGAGCAAUAGAAUGUAUUCUACUUUCCUCAAAAGUUAAAAGUCAGGAGCUAAAAGGAGACAUAGAUUGGAAAAUGCAUACAUAAAUACAGUAUAAAGCAUGGUCUGUCUUAAAUAUGAAUUAUUUUUACCACCACAGUUCUUCUUGUCAUGGCUUACUACUGGUCUUUUCCCUUUAUGAGGCACAGACACCAUUUCUUCUUGAAUUUUUUAAAAAAGAAUGUGUUUAUUAGCACAAGGUUUUUCAUUCAUUGUUAAUUACACAAGAGCACCUUCGAAUCCAAAAGAAUUUCCUAUGAAACCUUCGCUUGCAAAGUAAACAGCAUGUCUUUGGACAGCUUUCCUUGGGGUCGCUCCUGAGGACACUGCCUUAUAGCUGGUCACUAUGGAAGUCAUAUGGGUCCCUCGCUCUUUCUGCUAAAUAGGAACAUUGAAUUGGUCUGGCCAGAUGGGUUGUAAAGUUGCUUUUAUCUGUACAUGUAUGGUAUUUUAGUUUCCGUAAAGAAAGACAGAAAUUAUCUCUUAAGUUAAACCAAAUUUCACUUUUUGAAAUAUCUUCCAACUUAUUUAUUGGUUGUUACUCAAUUGCCUGCCUCUCUCUGUGUGUGUGUGUGUGUGUGUGUGUGUGUGUGUGUGUGUGUGUGUGUGUGAUCAGGCAUAUGCUUCUAAGCUUUUAAGUGGAGGAGGAGCAAAAUCUAUGCCAGAUACUGUAUAUUCUACCAUGGUGCUAAUAUCAGAGCUAAAUGAUACUCCAUUUAAUUUAAAGAAGAGUUUUAAAUAAUUAUCUAUGUACCUGUGUUUCCGUUUUGAGUGUUGUCCAUCAUGUCCACAGUGGUGUGAAAGCAAGUGAAUCAAGUAUAUGUUCUACUUUCUAGGGACAGUACUAUGAUCACUCUUUAAUUCAAAAUUAACUAGAGCUUUUCCACGUGAAAUGGACCAAACUGGCAUUGUUCUAUUUAAACAGAGUUUUAACACAGUAUGAUGUCCCACAGGGGAAAGGAAUGUCUGUAGAGGACAGUUGUCCUCAAAUAUUUUACAGAAACAAAGAAUGAUGAAAAGACCAGUAACUUGCUUGAGUUCCCAUGAAUAGAUUUGAGGCUGAAUGGCAAAUCAAUUUUGUAUUUAAAUUUUUGUACUGAUUUGAAAAACAGAUCAUUAAAUAUCUCUAAAA